GAGUUGGCCGCGAAAAGAGUGGGAAUCAACAUCCUUGAGAGCUGCUGACGGAAGCAAGGGAGUCCGUCAAUCGAGUUAAGAAAUUGACUCCAAAUGACAACUGGCAAGAUACGGGGAGCUCUGGGGACCAUCCAGACGGGGGGCCUCAGAAUGACCGAAAGUUUACAGAGUAAGGUGGUGGCACCGCGUAACCCCAAGCUGGUCACGGAAAAAGAAGUCUCCCGAAUGCUGACUCCUUCCGAGUUUCUGAAAGAGAUGUCCCUCACCACAGAGCAGAAACUGGCCGCUACUCACGUCAUGUGCCGACCCCAGAUUGUUGAGCUUUUAGAUAUGGCGGAAACGACCCAUCAAAAGUUCUCAGGUGUCGACCUGGAUCAGACAUUAUUCCAGCCCUUUCCGUCCGAGGUGAUAUUUCAGAACUACACUCCCUGCGAGGUUUAUGAAGUACCACUGAUUCUGAGGAACAGUGAUAAAAUUCCCCGUUUGGUGAAAAUUACCCAAGAAAGCUCUCCAUAUUUUACAGUGAUUAGCCCCAAUGAUAUUGGUCAUAAAGUAGCACCGGGGGUAACGUCUACGUUCCGGAUACUUUUCACUCCCGAGGAGAACAAGGAUUACUCUCAUGAGCUGACUUGUGUCACCGAAAGGGAAAAGUUCAUUGUACCUAUCAAAGCUAGGGGUGCCCGGGCAAUUCUGGACUUUCCCGACCAGCUGAAUUUCUCCACCUGCCCUGUCAAGUACAACACUCAGAAGACUCUGCUAAUACGGAACAUUGGCAAUAGGGAGGCUCGAUUUCAAAUCAAAACUCAGAGCCCUUUCUCCGCAGAACCGUCUGAUGGGAUCCUUCAAGUCGGGGAGUCCAUGCAGCUGAUGGUGGAGUUUGAACCGCAGCACAUUGGCAAUCAUAACGAAAACCUGAUAGUGCACUAUGACACAGGGGAAGAUAUUUACGUCACUUUAUAUGGAGCUGCCUCAGAUGUCAACAUUAGGCUGGAUAAGAAUUCUUUGACCAUCGAGAAAACCUAUAUAUCUAUGGCCAAUCAGAGGACUGUAACCAUUCACAACCGAAGCAAUAUCAUUACACACUUCCAGUGGAAGAUAUUUGCCACUCAAGAAGAGGAGGAUGAAGAAAAACAAAGGCUUUGUGCUGAUCUGUCUUGGGAAGAAGAAAAGGAGACUGAUCAAUUUCUGGAAGAGUGCAACGUAGACCCUUCGCUCCGGGAACGUCUUUCCAUUCUCUCGCGCACUUUUGAGAAUCACAGGAAGAUGGUGCAGGGAGAUGCCAUGCUGUUCUUAGAUAACAUUUUUGUCGUGGAACCACUGGAAGGAGAUGUUUGGCCCAAUUCCACAGCUGAAAUCAAUGUGAUCUUCAAUCCUCGAGAAGCCAAGAUUUAUCAACGGACGGUUUACUGUAACAUUUCAGGCCGUGAGACCCGGCUGCCCCUCCGCAUCAAAGGAGAAGGAAUGGGGCCUAAAACCCUCUUCAAUUUUGACAUGUUGGAUAUUGGGAAGGCCUUCGUGGGGUCGAAGCACAGUUAUGAGGCAAUUUUAUCCAACAAGGGAGGCAUCGAUGCUCUCUUUAAUUUGAUCCCUCCAUCUACUGCAUUGGGCUCCUGUUUCACCUUUAACCCCAAUGAAGGCAUCAUCGAACCAGGUGGGGUUCAGGCCAUCCAGAUUUCCUUCAGUUCUGCCAUCCUGGGAGAGUUUAAAGAACAUUUCCUAUUCAAUGUGAAUGGAUCCCCUGAGCCUGUGAAAUUGACAAUUAGAGGGUGUGUUAUUGGACCAACUUUCCAUUUCAAUGUGCCAGCUUUGCAUUUUGGAGAUGUGUCCUUUGGGUUUCCUCGUACCUUGAUGUGCUCCCUCAAUAACACCUCCUUGGUCCCUAUGACCUUCAAACUCCGUGUCCCUGGAGACGGCCUCGGGGAGCCAAGUGUUCCAAGUCGCAGUCAGAUCCUGGACAUUACAAGAUCCUCGUGGAAAAACGGAAGCCCAGCAGCCAACAAGCCACAAGAGUUUUCCAUUAAUCCCAGUUCUGGCACUAUCCGCUCUCAAGGAUUUGCUGCUAUCCGGGUGACUCUGUGCUCCAACACUGUGAAGAAAUAUGAACUGGCCCUGGUGGUGGAUGUGGACGGCAUCGGAGAGGAAGUACUGGCCCUCCUUAUCACAGCCAGGUGCACCGUACCUGUGCUCCAAGUAGCGAACCCAGAUAUCAGGUUUGGCCGCUGUUUCCUCAAUUACCCUUAUGAGAAGAUGGUGCAGCUUGUCAAUACCGAUGACCUCCCAGGAUGCUAUGGUGUACUUCCACAGGAGUGCAACAAAAAGCCCAUGGUGCUCUUUUCAAGCCCUUCUCCUUGUGGCGUGAUCGGCCCCCAUUCCACUGUGGAUAUACCCGUGACUCUGGAAACCCAGAUUCCUGGAGAAUUCCUCACCACUGCUUACAUUGCCACAUUUGGGAGCAAGGAACCCCCACUGGCAGUUCAUUUGAAGAGCACCGGAGAAGGUCCAGUGGUCUACGUGCACCCAGCCCAAAUCAAUUUUGGCAGUAUCUAUGUGUUAAAGGAUGUCUCCAGGACCCUCCAGCUAUCAAAUCAGUCCUUCAUCCCUGCUCGUUUUCAGGCGCAGAUGGCUCAUGGUCACUCCUUAUGGCGGAUCGAGCCGAGUGAAGGCGUGGUGCCCCCAGAGACAGAAAUCCUGCUAACUCUGAUAGCCCAUUUGGAUGACACCUUGAAGUUCCACGACACUAUCAUCUUGGUCAUAGAAAACAGCAACACAUAUAAAAUUCCUGUCCAGGCCUUAGGAAUCGGCACCACGAUCGUUACAGAUAAGCCUUUUGCGCCAGCCCUCGACCUGGGAGCGCAUUUCAGUGUGGAUCCCUGUCGCUACCGCUUCAAGAUAACUAACGUAGGACGCCGCACCCACCAAUUAUACUGGAUGACGGAAGGUUUCUCUCGUUAUCAGAAGAGGGACCGCAACUUAGGGCAUGCCGAUGGCAAAUCUUCAUCCCAUCUCCAAGAAAACAACUCGCCGGUAUUCAAGCUUCAUCCUAUCAGGAUGGAGAUGAUUCCGGGCAAGACUGUCGACAUGCUCCUGGAAGGAUAUUCUGCUACUCCAAGGGUAGUCAAGGAAAGGCUGCUUUGCCAUGCCAUUAUAGGAAAGAAGACUGGCAAGGAGCAGAUCAUGGCAGUGGAUAUCACUUGUGAAUUUAUUGCCCCCCUUCUCCAACUUUCAGCCAAGCACCUUAAUUUUCACGUAGAGAAGAAUCCUCAGGAUGUCCUGGCCGCUGAAUUCCAGCCCCUCGCCCUAAAGAACAUUUCAUCCUUGCCCCUGAGUGUGUGCCUUUUAGUAAAAGAGCCCUUCUUCCUCUGCGACGUCGAUCAGUCCCUUCUCCCCUCGGCUCCUCAGCCUAUUAAACUGGAUAUGGGGGCAGAAAAGGAGCUGUCCAUCAAAUUUGACCCUUCGUACAAAAGGGAUUUGAACACUAGAGUCGCCGAGGAAGACCUGAUGAUCACCUAUCUGGAACACCCCCAUGUGGACUACCUGACUUUGAGAGCAGAGGUGCACUUCCCAAACUUAUCCUUCCAGACCUUGAAUUUGGAUUUUGGCUGCAUCCUGAAUGACACCGAGGUGAUCCGUUACGUUGAAAUGACCAACUGCAGCCCACUGCUUGUGAAGUACCGUUGGUCCUUCCUCCUGGAUAACUACGAAAAGCAGAUAAGGUUUGCCACCAGGACACGGAAGCCGUACGGUGCCCCUUUGCCAUCGAAGUCGACAGAACCCCAGGAAGAAGCACAAAUAGACUUGCCGCAGGUUGACUCUGAAGACUUUAUUGGAGAGUACAUUGUGAGGAAAAGUGAUGAAGAUGAGGAUGACAUUGAAAAGUCCUGUGUGCAGCCAACAGUGAAUGUGAUCGCCUCAGAAGAACAGCCUUUGAAAACCAACACUACAGAAGAGGAAAGGAUUAUUCAGAACCAGAGUCCUGUGGAGUACCAAGAGUCUGUUUUGGUCAUGGACCAGGAUGAUGCCAAUUCCACAGGGGUAGAAGAAGUGUUCGACAUUUUACCUCUCUACGGAGUGCUGCAGCCGAACAAGACCCAGCAAAUGUCCUUCACCUUCUAUGGCCACUCUGACAUCAUUGCUGAAGUGAAAGCCCUGUGCGAGGUGGAGGGAGGCCCCACUUAUGAGAUCAUGCUGAGAGGGGAAGCCUCACUGGUCAGCUAUUCCUUCGACACAAAGGAAAUUAACUUUGGACUACAGCUGUUUGAUCACAUCAUUGAAGCUGAAAUCACAUUGAAGAAUACAGGCAAAGUUGGCUUUGAAUUCAAUGUGCUGAACACUAGCCAGGCUUCUCCAGAUAAUCCUCCUCCUGGAAUGCCGCUCAUCUUGCCUCCAUCUGGGUUCAUUGAAUCUGAAAAAGAACAGAUAUUGAAGCUUUACUACCUCCCUGGAGUGCCUGAAGUGUUUGAGAGGCAUUUCCAGGUUCAGAUAGCCCACUUAGAACCAGAGGACAUUGCCAUCUUUGGAGAAGGGAUCUUCCCCAGGAUUUGUAUGGAUCUUCCACGCAAUAUCAAAGGAAAUGAAAAAUAUGAAGCAGUCCUAAGGAAGGCAAGAAGAAAAGUGGAACAAGAUUUGGGCAGGGAUGAAGGAGUCAACAGUCCAGGCGCCGUGACUGGAGAGGCACCUAUGGAAGAUUCCUUUCCCAUGUUCGAUGGCCUGCUUUAUAUGGAGGUGGAACGGCUGAUCAUCCAGGAGCAUGCCCUAGAGCAACAGAAACCGAUCUUGCGGGAUCCCGUAGAGAAUUCUCCCCAGAGCCACCGAGUUUGCCGAAAGCUCGUCAAAGCUCAGCUGCCCGAGUACAUUCUGGAUUUCGGCUACAUCAUUCUUGGGAAUAUCCUGACCCACAUUGUCAAGAUCACAAACACCAGCCAGUUCCCUGUGUCCUUCCAGGCAGUGAGGCGGGUCCUGCAUGACACAGGCUUCAGUACAGAGUUGGACCGGGUGAAGAACCUGCCGUAUUGUGAAACGGAAACGUUUGAAGUGAAAUUUGAUCCCCAAAGUGCCAACCUUCCUGUUGGAUGUACAGAAGUUCUUCUGCCUAUCAAGGUAGUGGGUGGGCCGACAUUUCACAUCUGCCUUCGUGCCAAGGUCACCGUCCCAUCUCUCUCCAUGUCUUGCGAUAAACUGGAAUUUGCCACAGCUCAGUGUGGGCAGUGUCAGGUGGAAACCAUCCAACUUCACAACCAAAUGCCGGUUACCUGUGAAUGGUGUGUCGGCACCAGUAAGAAGGCAAAGAAGGAAGAAAAAUAUAUGCCGGUGUACCUUCGGCGAAAGCUCAAAGCUGAAUUAAAGCCAAAGUCACGGAUCUUUGAGAUGAUUCCACCUUCUGGAGUUCUUGAUCCUGGAGAGCGAAUCAAUGUGCAGGUCAAAUUCAUGCCAGCGGAAGAGAAAUUCUACAGCCAGUAUCUGGAGGUUCACAUUUUCCAGAGUAAUCAACGCCUCACACUGUGGGUUCAGGGCCACGGUUUAGAACCGCGCCUGGAUUUUAACCCUCUGGUGCUAGAGUUGGGGCCUCUCAUGCCAUACAGUGUCGGCGACGAGGCAGAGUUUGUUGUGAAGAAUCCUUGCAACUUUCCCAUUGAGUUUUACUCACUUGAAUUCGACCAGCAGUAUGUUGAAGAAGAGAAGAUUCUGCGCAAGCUGAAGGGCUAUGACUCCUAUAAUACCCUGCUGCUACCACCUCGCCUGCCCGGGGAAAAAUUGCCACCAGAAGUGCUGGAAUAUUACGAGGAGCAGAAAAGGUUUUUAGAGGAGCAGGCAAAGACCAGGAUGUUGGAGACUCUCAAUCAAGACAAUGAGGAAGAAGAAUUAUCCUCCUUCGAUCAGUUAUCCAAGCGGACCUCUCUCGCUGUGACAGCAACUGCUGCCUCCAACUCCGAAGAAAACCAUCUGACCACAAUCUAUAUGAAACUUGAACCGGAGGAAGAAGAGGAAAAUGGAAACCUGGACAGAGGAGUCUUCCAAGCCUCCGAAAAGAAGCAAAGCAUAGACAGCCACUUUGUGGAGGAAGUGGGAGAACUGGAAAGUAACCCUGUCAGCAAAGCUGUGGCCCGCCACCUGGGCAUUGAUAUUUCUCCUGAAGGCCGGGCUGCCAGAAACCGCAGAGGCAUCGCUCUUAUAAUAUACGGGGCACCUCUAUCAGGGAAGACUAUGGCUGCUGUGACCCUUGCAAAGAGCUACUCGGCUGCCUGCUUAACUAUUGAUUCAGUCGUCUUAGAAGCCAUCUCAGAUGGAACCACCGCCUCAGGGCUCCGGGCCCGGGAACUCUGUCUGAGAGCAGCCCUGGAGCAGAACCAGCGGGAGACUGAGGAAAAUGGCCAGCUUCCGGACGCCAAUUUGUUACAAACCCCUGUCGGGGUGACAAGACUGAGCACCGAGGCCUUGGCCAAACAUACCUCAGAAGGGACGCUGUUAUCUUCCGAAAUCAAAACUAUCCCCCAGUCUGCCACUUCCAGAGGCAUGCGGGGAAGCGUGCUUGCAGGGAAGGGAAAAUCAGAUGGCCAUGUUUCCCAGCCACAGAAGAUGCAACAUCAGCAACAUCAAUCCGAUGCUACGGGAUCACUGGUGGCAUCCAGUCCCAUCCCCAGUGGACCUGCCCAGCAGCACCUUAGUGUUAGUGUGAGCUUGGGAGGAGAGACAGGGCUGAUGAGCUGUGUGUUUCCUGAGGAAUUACUUGUGGACAUCCUGGCCGAAAGGAUGCAGCUUAGUGACUGCUAUCGGGGAGUGGUGUUUGAUGGACUAGAGACUCUGUUUGCCCGGAAUGUAUCCUCUGCUCUCCUCUGCUUGCUCAAAGCUAUAAACAACCGGGAGCACAUCUACUUUGUCAACCUCUUUCAGGAUUUUGUCGUCAUGAAGGCUCGGGAGAAAGCCAAGAAAGAUCAAGAAGAGUGGAAACAACAAGAAAACCUUGCAAAGGAGAAAGCUCGUCUCCAGGAGUUGGAUGAGGAGGAGUAUGAUGCGUUGACCGAGGAACAGAAAAUUCAGUUCGACAAUGAUUUGCUGCUGGCCCUCCGGGAACGGAAAAAGAAGGAGUUGGAGAAACUGGCCCGGGAACUCCAGGAGAAGAAACUUCAGCAGGAGCUAGAAAGGCAACGAGAGGAAGAAGAGAUGAAAAAAAAGAGCAAGAAAAAUAAGCGAGAGUCUGGAAAGGAAGACUCAGGAAAGAAAAGUCAGCAAGGAAAUCGGCAGCCUGCCAACCUAAAUCCUACUACCAAAUCAGACAUCAAGUUGGAUGGAGGAUUAGAAAGAAAAGUAUCAGUAAGAGAUCAAACCUCGAGUGAGAAGGAUGACGCGUUCAAGAGGAGAAAGAGCAAGCACUACGUGGCAGAAAUAGCCCAGCUUUUGCAUCAACCAACCGGGGACACGGAGGAAGCUGAAAAGGAUUUAGCUUGGGAAAAUGAUAGACAGUUGGCCCAGAAGUUUAAGGUGUAUGAAUCGGGCUUGAAAGAUGUCAUGCAAAUCCUCACCAGCUGGGACCGGCUCCAGUGUGUUCAGCUUCAGCCUUCCUCGGGGGAGGAGGCCCAGCACGAACUCGAAGACCAGCGGCAGGCACCAUCCGGACGGAAAGGGCGGAAAGACCGAGAGAAGGAGCGCUUGGAAAAAAUGGAGAAGGAGAGAGUCGAGAAAGAGCGCCUAGAGAAAGAGAAGGCUGAGAAGGAGCGUCUGGAGAAGCUGAAGACAAUGGAAGACAAGAUUGAAGGGGGAGAGGGAGAGGGAGAAGAUGACCAAGAAGGGAAGAGGGAAUCUGGGGUGCCAUUCUUGGACUUCCAAAUAUUGGCUACGGAUGACUUCAGUUGGAAGCAGGUUCUGGAGUGUGACAAGCUGCCAGCUGUGGAGCAGAUCCUGGAUGCAUUGGGCUUGGGUCCGUCGGGGCCCCCCAUCCCUCCUCCUGCCUUGUUCUCAGUGGUCCCCUACCCAGGGAAACGUGUGACUCUCAAAGGCGCAGACACUCUCAAGCACUUCGUCUUCGUCGUCCCCCCAACUGAAGAGCCUGCGGGGUCAGAGGAGAAAAAAGAAGGAGAGACUGACGUUGAUGUUGCCCUCUCAACCCUGGCAGUGAAGGAGGAACAGAUCACCCCACCCAGGAGCAGGCAGAGGCAGAAAGAGAAAACAGAGCAAGCCCGGGAAAGUCAAAAGGAUAAGCGUCGUACGGCCGUUGUCAAGAAGGGCAUUCAGGGAAUUCCUUCUGGAACCAUGGCCCCUUUGUCAGACUUGGAUCAGAGCACCUUCAUUGGUGAACCUUCACAGGAAAAAAUCACCAGGCUGAACAACUUCCGCUGGAUCGUGCCAGCCAACGGGGAGGUUACACUUCGGGUUCACUUCUCCUCCACUGAGACUGGCAACUAUGACCAGACACUGAAUUUUGAAGUCCUGGGAACACAUCGCCUGUAUCAAGUUUAUUGCCGAGGCAUCUGCACUUAUCCCACAAUCAGCCGAGACCCCAAAGUGGUGUUCCUCCACCGAAAGAAAGAGAUAAAGCCUGAUGAGAUCGUCUUUAAGAAGUAUAUAAUGAGUUUGGAGAUGUUUCAGUUUGGCCCAUUGCUCUGUGGAAAAUCAAGAGAUAAGUAUAAGGCAGUUCAGUACCCCAACAACAUGGAGAAGUUAACUAUCCUGAACAAUUCUUCAGUGGAUGUGGAAGUCUUCUUCUUUUUCCAGCACGACGCCAAAGCAAAUACUUACCUCCUGGACCCCCCUACCAUGAAACUCAAACCAAAUCAGAAACAGGUCCUGAAGGUGUGGGCGUAUCCCACCAUGGUCGGCAUUUUUGAGGACAACAUCGUCUGCUGCAUCAAGGAGAACCCGGAGCCAACACUCUUCAAAAUCUGCUGCCAGGGCGUGCGGCCAGAAUUGGAAUUGGAUCAAAAGCAGCUGCAUUUUGACAAACUGCUGCUCCACAGAAGGGACUCCAAGGUGAUUUUCUUGCGAAAUGGUACAAUGCUGCCGGUGGCCUGGAGGAUCAACAGCCUGGAGCAACUUGGCGAUGAUUUUUCUGUGUCUCAAAAGCAAGGCGUCAUUGCCCCUAAGGCUGAAUAUGGCCUGCAGCUGCAUUUCCAAGCCUCCAGGCCCCUCAACAUAAGGAAGACGAUUCGCCUAGAGGUUACCGACGUGGAAAAUAUUCUGGGAGUCGUUCAGAUCGAAAACAUUCAGAUCAUUGCCGAAGCUUAUGACGUUGCUUUGGACAUCAGUUUUCCCAAAGGGACUGAAGGGGGUUUGGAUUUUGGGAUUGUCAGAGUGAUGGAUGAAGCUAAGCAAAGUAUGUCAUUGAAGAAUAAAGGAAAAUAUGAAAUUGGGUACAGUUUUUCCCUGGAGUCUCUGGGACCCAACAUGCCCCAGGUAAACUCGAUCUUCUCCAUCCAGCCUGCGAAAGGUGUGCUGGCUCCAAGCGAUCGGCCAACUAAUAUCCAGGUUACCUUCCGUUCUCAAAAGGAAGUGAAAAUUGAGACCAGGCCUGUCAUAAAUUGCAAGGUUAUUGAGCCCAGUGUUGUCCAAGGAGGUGAGGUUAUUGCCAUCAUUCCAGUGAAAAUGUCUGUGAUUUCAGUGUUCUCCAAAUACUCCAUCAGCCCGGCUGAUACCAUCAACUUUGGAGCCAUGAUCAGUGGCAGUCGAAAAAGUGCCAAUUUCAUUAUUGAGAACACAGGUUUCCUUGAUUUUAAGUUCAUCAUCUGCAGAAUGAUUCAGGAUUUUCCCUUGCUGCAGAAAAAAGGGGGAUCUGUUAAGCACACCCGUUCGCGGGAAGGUGACAAUUUCAGCAAGUCCUCCAGUGGAAAACCAGUCAAACAUACCGACUCCUCACAGAAAGAGGUGACUCUCGUUGGCCAGGCUCGCUUCACCGUGGGAAUGUUCACCAUUUAUCCUGGAUUUGGAUCCAUCCCUUCAGGAGGACAGCAGGUCAUCACAGUAGAUUGUUUAGCUGACCCCAUCGGCCAAUGCGAAGAGUUCCUGACCAUUGAAGUCACAGAAAGGGAUCUGAAUGAUCCUCCCAAUGGCAUUCAGUACUCACUGAUAGCGGAAGCCUGCUUACCAGCUUUCGUGAUUGACGAUCCGAGGUCCAUUUUUGAGGAGCAUCGGAUCUGUAACAACAUCAACCUGUACCAGGUGCUGCCAAACACAGAAAGCGGAGGAGUGUUCGUGGAGGAUGAGAACAAGUUUAUCUUCAACAACGUCUUGGUCGGACAGCAGGGUAAAGCUCGGUUCAAAAUCAGCAACGUGGGGAAGAUUCCCUGCGACCUGAACAUUUCAGUCAAGCCUAUUUCCAGCAAGGCCAUUGCCCGGAUCAGUGAUGUCUUUGAGGUGGAACCCAGCAAGAUGUACAUUCCCAGUCGAUCCCACGGCUUUGCCACCGUGACCUUCACUCCUCAGACGAUGCAGAACUACCAGUGCGUCUUUGAUGCUUCAUUAGAAGGCUUGCCCAGCUUGCAUGCCAAGGCCCGAAACCUCAUGUUUGAUAUCACCGGAGAUGGGAACCUCCCCCGCGUGAGCAUCACGCGGCCCAUCAUUAGUAAUAAAAGAGGAAACCCCUUGCUGCUCUUCAGAAGACUCCGGCUGAGCCAUUCGGAAAAACUGCCUCUCAUCCUUAAGAACAACGGCACUAUUCCUGCCCAGGUGCAUAUUGAUCUGCUGGAUCAGUUUGGCGUCUUCUCCUUGAAAAACAGGCCCACAACCCAAUGCAUCUAUUUGGUAGAGGACACUGAGGCCAUGAAGGAAGCCAAGAAACCUCACUUAGCCUUCCUUAUCGUCCACCCUGGCGAUACUGCUGAAUUUGAUGUGUAUUUCAAACCCCGUCAAGCCCAGAAGCUGACUGGCACCAUUCUCUUGUCUGUGGUCGACAAUCAGUAUGAGGAAACCAGCAUUCAAAUGAUGGGAGAGGGCUAUGAGGAUGACAUCACCCUGGAUAACAUCCAUGGUUUGGUAGCCCAGAGCAACCUAAAGGACCAGGAAGGAAAUCUUUUGGAGAACAUGUUGGAAGCUUCCCAUGUAGAUCACAUCCAGUUUGGGGACUGUCACAUCAGCAACACCUAUCAAGUGACCUUCACAAUUACCAACCAUAGUCAAGCGGAUGCAAUCCGGUUCGAAUGGCCUAUUGUACCUCCACUUCAGUUCUCCCCACAGGUUGGCCACCUCCACGCCAGCUGUGCCAAGGACAUUGCCUUAACCUUGAAAUCGGAUGUGACUACUGUCCUAAAAAAGAUGGUGGUCAAGUGUAAGGUGUCCAAAAUCACCUUCCAGCUGCCUGCUGACCAGGUCCCAGACUGGGAUGACUGCAUGCGUGUUGUCAAGUGGGUGGACUCGGGGAAGAACCCCUUCUCCAGCCUCCCAAUGAAGAAGAAAAUAAUAGAGACAGAUCCUGAGCCCACCCACACUCUCCUAGAAGACAGUUCCCGAGAGCUGGAGCUGCAGAUCAGUGCGGUUGUGGACUACACCACAUUCAAGUGUGAAAUGGAAAACGUGCAGUUCAAGGAGACACUGCUCUUCCAGACCAGAGUUUUUAAAUUUGAGAUGACCAAUACAGGAACUGUAAAGUUGGAGUACAGCUGGAUAGUGCUCACUGUGGAAGCUGGGAAGACUGUCAGCUUUGCCCAGCACCCAAAUCAAAAAGUGUCCCAGGCUAUGACAAGAAAUGUCCCAGCUCAUCAUCAAAACAGAAGCCAUUCCCUCGUGUCUGCAGGUUCUUCCUCUGCCCACCUGACCAAGGGGCUGUCCAGUCAAAGAACUAGCCAUGGAGGGAGCCUUUUUGAGAGCUCAUCAUCCCAAGGCAUCAGCAGUGAUUCGGUUCCUCCGUUUUCAGUGGAGCCUUCUACCGGAGUGAUCCCAUCUGGGAAUCAGCAGCUCUUCCAGAUUAAAUUUUCCCCCCUGGAAGUAGGAGAGUUUGAGAACCGUAUUUUCUGCCAGAUCCCUAACCUGAGUCCAGGAGAGGAAGGGCCAGUAAUGACUGUGAAAGGGCAGAGCCUCUUGCCCCUUUGCCAUUUCGACUUGAAAGCCUCAGACUACAUCAGUGGCCACCGGCGGAAUGCUGAGCUGCGAGGGACAAAGGGAGGAAGCCUGGAUCCCAAAACAAGGGUUAUCGAGUUCGCUGCUUUGGGAGUGGGAAGCAAAGACAGUCGGACCUUCACUAUUAUGAACCCCACCCGUUCGGCCUACUCCUUUAAGUGGAUCUGUGAAGAAACAGAGAGCCUUCUGAAUCCUCCGGCCUUUAUAUGCCUGUCAAAGAAGGGCCAAAUCCAACCUGAGAAGAAAGUUGAGAUUACAUUUCAGUUCAUCCCCCAUCAUUUGGACAUCACAGAAUCCCUCUGGACCUUCCUAAUCACCGAGCAUAACUAUUCAAUCCCUUUCCUGUUGGUGGGGAAAACCACUGAUCCUUUGAUAUCUCUGGACAGGGCACACUUCAACUAUAAUUCUCUCCUCAUUGGGCAUGAGGCUCGUGAAACAGUGUACCUGAUCAACAGUGAGAACCAAGCCUUCAACUUUGCUUUCCGUGAGCACUCUUGUUUUUCAGAAGGCUUCAGAAACAGCGUGACGGUGCAGCCUAUGGAAGGCUUGAUUCCACCUCUAACCAGGCUCCCUAUUACUAUCACCUUCACACCGAAACUGGAGGGAGAGGUGAACCUUAAUUUGGUCUGUGACAUAAAGAGGAAGGCCGAGCCCCUGACCUUAAAUGUCAAAGCCACGGGACACCAAGUGAAUGUGCUCGUCAAGUGCCGAGAACCCAAUGGCUCAGUAACCACCUUCAGUUUGCACCAAGCCAACAGCAUCAACUUUAAAGAGGUGGAAGUAAAUGAAUGUGUCCAAUGUGAGUUCACCAUUUUUAAUACUGGCAAGUUCAACUUCAACUUCUCAGGGGAAUUCUGCGGCCCCCAGACCCUGCAGCGCUAUUUUAGCUUCUUGCCCAGCAGUACAACAGUUGAAGCAGCCCAGAAUACACAAGCUGUACUUUCUUUCCACCCGCUGAAGCACUGCAUCCUGAAGGACAUGGAACUUCUGCUGAAGAUCAGUCAUGGCCCUUCAUAUACAUGCAAACUCCUUGGCUCAGCUGUAAUUCCCUGCCUCCAUUUCUCCUUCACCUGCCACAACUUUGGAAUCUGCUUCAUCUACUCUGCUGGAAUGCCCCCAUACCGACAAGUCCUUGAAAUCACUAACAGGGAGAAAAAAGCUGUAAGCCUAAGCUGCUUGUACACUAAUACAGCACACCUGGAAGUAGAUUUCCGGGCUGAACUGCUGCCGCCUGGAAAGAAACUGCAAGUCCCUAUCAUCUUCUACCCCCGAGACACUGUUCACUACCAGGAAUUUAUCCCGUUUGAAAUCAAUGGACUCUCUCAAUAUACCAUUGAGGUCCGAGGGAAAGGCAUUGAGAUGAAGGUUUCAGUCCUGGAACCGGCAAGCAAGAUCGUGAAGUUUGGAGCUCUAUUGUCUGGCCAAAGAGUGAAGAGAACGGUCACCAUUGUGAACCACAGCCUGGCUCCCCUAAGAUUUAACCUGACCCUCAUGCCCUCUAUUCCAGAGCUUCAAGAUGUCGGGGUCAUCACCCUGUCACCUUCCUCUGACCUGACUCUGAAGCCCAAAGAAGCCUGUAAGGUUGACGUCACCUUCUCCCCAAAGUUCCGCAUCCCGCCGUUCACAGAGGAGGUGCUCAUGGACUGCCUGGGGCUGUUACGCUCCCUCUUCGCCCUCCAGGGCUGCUGCCAGGCCCUGCAAGUCAGCUUGGACCAGGACUACAUCACCUUCGGAGCAGUGGUGUUUCAGACCCAAGCCACCCGUCAGUUCAUCGUGCAGAACACGGGAGACCUUGGCGCUGGGUUUAAAUGGGAUGCUCAGAAAUGCGCCCCCAAUUUCUCCAUCAGUCCUGUCGAAGGCUACAUCACCCCUGGAAUGACUGUUACUUUCGAAGUGACCUACCAUCCCACCGAGAUGGGCAAGGAUAAUCUUGCCGAAAACAUCACCUGUGCCAUCCAGGGAGCUCAGUCCCUAAAGCUCACCUUGUUUGGAGUGUGCGUGGGUGUCUCCGGGAUUAGAGAGACGGUGAAUUUCAGCUGCCAAGUGCGGGCGAAGCACACCCAGACCAUCCUCCUGUCCAACCGCAGCAGCCAGACGUGGACCCUGCAGCCCAUCUUUGAAGGCGAGCACUGGGAAGGGCCCGAGUUUGUCAUCUUGGAGGCCCACCAGCAAAACAAACCCUACGAGAUUACCUACAGACCCCUCACCGUGAACACAGAGAACCGCAAACACCAGGGCUCCCUCUUCUUCCCCCUCCCAGACGGGACUGGGUGGAUGUAUACACUGCAGGGGACUGCUGAGCCCCCCAAAUCUUUAGCAAACAUCUUACGAGAGAUUCCCUGCAAGACUUCCUACAUCGAGCUCUUACCCGUCACAAACUGGCUGAACAAACCCCAAAGGUUCCGGGUCAUCGUGGACAUGCUCAAGCCAGAAAAGCUGGACCUGAGCACCACCCUGAAAGGUCUGGACUAUAUCGAUGUGCUGGCCGCGUCCAAGAAAGACUACCAGCUCAACUUCUUCUCUUAUAAAGAGGGGUUAUUCAAUGCUAAGGUGACCUUCCGCAACGAGGAGACCCUAGAGUAUUUCUUCUACGUGGUGAGUUUCAAAGCCAUCCCGUCCGGAGCCAUGGGCACCAUUGAGAUGGUGAGCUUUGUUCGCCAGAGCGCCUCGUCCUCCGUGAAGGUCGAAAACCCCUUGCCCUACGCCGUGACCUUCUCUACGGACUGCAGAAUGUCAGACAUCAACUUGCCUUCGCAGUUUGUUGUUCCGGCUCAAUCCGAGGGUGUGCUUGUUUUUGAAUUCCAGCCACUAAAAGCUGGAGAGACCAGUGGGCGGUUGACCUUGCAGAACAACGAGCUGGGCAUCUACCAGUAUGAGCUCGCCCUGAAGGCCAUCGCGGCCCAGCCGGAGAAGCCCAUCUACUUCCGCGUCAUGCUGGGUGCCAGCCAGGGCAUGUAUGCCAAGUUCAUCAAUUACACCCGGCAAAAGGCCGAAUACAUCUGCAAGACGGACUCUCCGGAUUUCCACACGGAUAAGCUUGUCAACGCGGCUCCGGGGUCCCAAGGGGGCACCGAGGUCAGCUUGGAAGUCAUCUUCGAGCCCAGCCAGCUGGGCGAAUGCAGAAGCACUUUGACCCUCACCUCUCCCACCGGCGGGGAAUAUAUCAUCCCCCUCAUUGGUCUGGCCUUGCCCCCCAAGCCCCAGGGCCCCUUCCAGAUCAAAACGGGUUUCAGCACCACCAUCUCUUUCAAGAACGUUUUCCACCACACCACGGCCUUCUCCUUCAACGUGGAAAACCCAGCCUUCUCCGUCAAAGCCCCUGACUCCUUGCGUUCCAAAAAAUCCAGUAACAUCAUCAUCUCCUUUGAGGGGAAUCCCUCGGGCAGCAAAGCCCCGAUCACCAGCAAGCUGGUUGUGUCCUGUCCUCAUGCAUCUGGAACUGAAGCGGGGAUUAAGUGGAUCUAUUACCUCAGGGGGAUCACUCCAGAGAAGUAAUCAGGAUCAGCUGCACAGAAAUCAGCAAAACACCUUUCUUUCCUAAGCCUUUUGGGACAAUCAAGUCUUUUUGGUGGAAAGCAUCUCCUGGGACACUUUCUGCUUUCUGAUGCCUCCACUUUUUAGCAAAGAACCUCAAAAAUUGCACGAACCAAAGGACAGAAGCUUCAUCAAACUCACCUUUUGCAGAGAGAACCUCUCGGGUUUAGAUACAACACAAAUCUUCUUCCGAAAAAGGGGAAGAGAAGAGUCAACGGCGAAUUAGCCACCCAUUGUUUUAUCUUCGCUCAAUUGGCCGGGUUACCGACAUACGUCCAUAAUAAAUUUAGAAUCUGCGU